AUGGCAGCUCCCUCUUCCACCAUCAGCUACAGAGAACUUCACAGCAUAGAGGAGACAGCUGGGAGCAUUGGUGGUCUGACGACUCCUCACCGUAUCCUCUGGAAACCAAGCUGUUUGCUUUGUACCCCGGGAUGGAUAUCUGCACCGGAGUCCAGUAGCAAGAAACAGCCCCUGCUUGGAAUCACCCAGUCAGCCCAGAAUUUCACUACUACUAUGUCUGGCACCCCAAGUGGCAGCAGCAGUAAGCUGGGGGGGCACUUGGGGGAGGCGGGAGCUUUGCCUGCAGCUGCUCUGUCCCCCAACAUUACGAUCUGUGACUUUGUUAAACCACCUAUUAUCAAUAAACUGCCACUACUCCAUUCACAGUCACAGAAUCUUUCUUUCCAUGCUUCUUUGAAAUAA